GAUCUGUCAGUGUAUGUUCGAGUUUACUGUUUUCUGUCGUCUGUGGUCUGAGUGAUUUUUUGGUUGAAGUGUUUUUUGUGUUCGUGGUUUAUUGGUAAUCUUCAUGAAGUUAUUUUAAGAAAAAAUGGGCACUACAGACAGUAAAUUAAAUUUCAGAAAAGCUGUAAUUCAACUUACUUCUAAAACUCAGCCAAUAGAUGCUGGAGAUGACACUUUUUGGGACCAAUUCUGGUCCCCUGAUGUUACAAAUGUGCAGGAUGUGUUCACACUUGUGCCGGCUCCCGAGAUACGCGCUUUACGAGAAGAAGCGCCCUCCAAUUUAGCAACGUUGUGUUACAAAGCUGUCGAGAAACUUGUCAAAGCUGUUGACAACAGUUGUCGAACACAACAGGAACAACAAACUGUUCUGAAUUGUAUCAGACUACUGACACGGGUUCUGCCGUACAUCUUCGAGGAUCCAGAAUGGCGUGGAUUCUUCUGGACCAGUUUGCCGGAACAGCCUCGCCAGGCAGAAGAGCAAGCAGAGGAGUCUCUGCCUCUGGCUCACUCCCUCCUCAACGCUAUUUGUGAUCUUCUCUUUUGUCCUGACUUCACGGUGGCUGGCAAUAGAAAAACGGGACCCGACAAAGCCGAAGACCUGCAGGCAAUAGACAGCUGUGAAUAUAUCUGGGAAGCGGGAGUGGGAUUCGCGCACUCUCCUGCCAGAUAUCCAGCCCACGACCUGGCUCGCACUGAGCUCUUGAAACUUCUCCUUACCUGCUUCAGCGAAACAAUGUAUCAACCUCCAGUAGAUUUGCACACAGCACCAAACAGAUGGAUCCAAUACCUUACGUCGGCGGAGAACCGUCACGCUCUGCCCAUGUUCACGUCACUGUUGAACACGGUCUGCGCCUACGACCCGGUGGGACUUGGAGUGCCCUACAACCACCUGCUCUUCCUCGACUCCACCGAGCCACUCGUCGAUGUCGCCUUGCAGAUCCUCAUUGUCACCUUGGACCAUGACACUACUCAAGGCGAAGAGGUGGCAACUCCUGACAAUCUCUUCAUAAACUACCUUUCGAGAAUACACAGAGAUGAAGAUUUCGCCUUUGUAUUGAGAGGAUUCACUAGACUCCUCAAUAAUCCAUUAACUCAAACAUAUCUUCCGAAUUCCACGAAAAAAGUGCAAUUUCAUCAGGAACUGUUGGUUUUCUUCUGGAAAAUGUGUGAUUACAAUAAGAAAUUCCUUUAUUAUGUACUGAAGAGUAGUGAUGUACUGGAGAUACUCGUUCCAAUACUGUUCCAUUUGAAUGAUUCUAGAGCAGAUCAAUCUCGAGUGGGCUUGAUGCACAUAGGUGUAUUCAUCCUGCUUCUUCUAAGUGGAGAACGCAACUUUGGCGUAAGACUGAACAAACCUUAUACUGCAACCAUUCCCAUGGACAUUCCCGUUUUCACUGGAACUCAUGCUGAUCUACUAAUAACAGUUUUUCAUAAAAUAAUAACCACCGGUCACCAAAGACUACAGCCUCUCUUCGAUUGCCUUCUUACUAUUCUAGUUAAUGUCUCUCCUUACUUAAAGACACUCUCGAUGGUAGCUAGUACAAAGCUGUUGCAUCUACUGGAAGCCUUCAGCACGCCCUGGUUUCUAUUCUCCUCUCCAUCCAAUCAUCAUUUAGUAUUCUUCCUGCUAGAGAUCUUCAACAACAUUAUACAGUAUCAAUUUGAUGGUAACUCAAACCUGGUUUACACGAUCAUCAGGAAACGGCAGGUUUUCCACUCGCUAGCUAGUCUGCCUAGUGACUAUGGAACAAUUGCAAAGACGUUGACAAAGCGGACUAGGAAGCACUUGCCCAGUACAUCGUCCAAUGACAAUACUCCAGAGACUCCCAGCAUGGAGGGCUCCAGACCCGCCCUUCCCGCUGAGCCUGGAACGCUCAAAGCGACUCUUCCUGAUACUCCAGGAAUCGACAAAAUGACAGGCCAGCAGUCGGGCCACAUGAUGGGUGACUUGGUGGACACGAGCGACGAGCCAGAGCCCGCCAUCACCCCCACCACCACCGCACUCAACGGCUUGUCCAUUGAGAACGGCCGCCAUGCUGAGGAGGAAGGGGAGGAGUUGGAUGACGAUAAUGACUCAGGCCAGAAGAGCCGCAACUAUACGCCCAGCCCCAGUGCUGAGACGCCCCCACCCCCACCCCAGGGCGCUGAUGGUGCACUUGUCAAAAGUAACAGCUGCACUUCCAUCGCAUCCAACUCAGCGGUCACUCCCACUCAAGUGCCGUCGCUGAAAGGAGCAGCUCCUCGAAAUGCGACAGGCAACACGCAGUGGGUGCCCACCUCUGACUGGGUGUCCUCUUGGAAAACCAAACUGCCUCUGCAGACAAUCAUGCGUCUGUUGCAAGUUCUAGUGCCUCAAGUUGAAAAGAUCUGCAUUGACAAGGGUCUAACGGAUGAAAGUGAAAUCUUGAAAUUCCUGCAGCAUGGUACGCUGGUAGGACUGCUCCCUGUUCCCCAUCCCAUACUGAUUAGGAAAUACCAAGCCAAUGCUGGAACAACCACAUGGUUCAGAACCUAUAUGUGGGGAGUCAUCUACCUGAGGUAAUAAUAUAAUGUUUUAAUGUAUGAAAAAUUGAUAUUUUAUCACAAGCUAUUAAAGUGAUUAGUUAUAUUUGUAGACCUAUAAUAUAAUAUAACUUCAUAUCUUUUAAUUAGUUAUAUUAAUUAUUCUUUAAAACUGAGUUAAUUUUUAAUUAUUCCAUAGCAUUAUUAGAAAGAAUAGGUACUAAAGAAAACAUAAUGUAGCAUCAUAUCUAACCACUCAGAUUAGAUAAGUGUCGUUAACUCGUUACUUUCAGUCGAAUGAUAACUGCUUCAGUGGAGCUCCAUCAAUUAACAGGCUACAAAUUCUCUUUCCAGAGACUCGUAAACCACCAUGUAAUCUAGGUCUAUUUUAAUUUGUCAUUAUCCUAUAUCACCAACGCACCAGCCGAUUAUUCAGUCAUAAACCUUACAAAAAAAUCAAUAUUGGAAGGCCAAAGGGGUUUUUUAUUAUUGCUAAUUUUUCAGAAAAAAAAGUUGGUACGGUACUGUAUUAAUGUUUGGCAAGUCUGGAGUAUAAUUUAGCUGGAUCAUAGCGAAGCAUGAUCACAUUUUAUAUCAUUGAUGCUGAGAUUUUUGAUUCAGUGUUAAGCUUUUGAGAGGUGUGAAACCAAAGUUUUAUGAAAGUUGAUUCAUCAUAAUUAUGUGAUAAUACCUCGUUGAACGAUGGAUUAUUAAUCAAUAAUAUUAUUUGCAUUAUAGUUUUCUAUGUCAUACAAAAAUAUAUGGACCUUUUUCCAUUCAAUUUCUUUCUCUUCAGCAUAGCCUAUUCUGAAUAAUUAUAAAAGGACAAAAACGGUUGAAAUCAUACUAGUCUUUCACUAUGUUCGUAAAAUUAGAAUAUCUUCUUAACUGUUGAGUAAAAUGAAUGAAAAAUAUUAUUGAUUUCACCGAUAAAUUCUCCUUGAGCGUAACUGAAAUUAUUAAUAGUUUCUUCUCAAAUUUACAUAAUUCCAAUAUUUAUUGUCAAUUAUUAAUGUGAUGAAUUUUUCCAUAUCUUGGUUCAACAGUUUCCUUCAACUUGAGUAUGUUUUGUAUUUGGAAGUUAUGGUCUUCACGAUUUCUUGUGAGUAACUCUAAAAUCCAUUCAAUCAUAUAUCGAGACUAUAGACCAUGCCAUCCAGGCACUAAACUUGAAAACAAUUAUUUAGUUCUAUUCCGUAUAACAUAGAAUAUUUAGUAUAGUUGUAAUCAGAGAAUAUUCCCUAUCAACUAUUGUAA